AUGGCGGUACCACUAUAUCAUCGACAGUCUAUCCAGCGGAUUCCGGGCUACUUGCCAAUGAAGCCACCAGAGAAGCCCUCCUCGCCCAGUGGUUCGUGGCGGACACUCAGUAUGGAGAGCAAGAGUACCUCUACCUCCUCGGGCUAUGGAACCCCUUGCGCAGUGCAUGGGGAGGGCUAUUGCCGACACUUGGUCCCAGUCUAUACCGCGAUGCCCUGCAGCUCAAACUUAAGCUAUGACACUAUGCUCGAUACUGUGGCCGUCUACAAGAAGAGGUCUUAUAAUGCUCUCAAGCAGCGCUCGGGCGGAAUGUAUUAUUAUCGACUGCGUGACAAUUUGUCGCCUCCACGUCGUUUGGAGAAUCAACGGAAGCUGAGUGAAGAUCAGGUGAUUCCCGAGCACCGGCACCAACAGAGGUGGCAGUACCACCCGGACCGCCGUCUCAGUCAGCAGUGCUACAGUCACGUUAGAAGGAGUACCUGCAGUUGCCAUCGUGACUAUUGCAGUCAUCGUCACAACUACUAUGACCUGCGCAAAUCGCCCUACUUAUCCUCCAGUAGCAGUGCCACCAGCACCUCUUGGAGGGAAGAUGAUGGAGGCUAUUCGCCAUUACGUGCCUUCCAACCACCUUCCCCCAGCCACUUAAUUCCCUCGAAAUGGAAGUCUGAAUCAGACCUCCGGGCCUACAACAGGUUCAAUGUGAACGUAAGAACUCUAGACGAAGAGGCCAAUGAGAUUUAUAACGAACUUUUGGACACAGCCGAUAUGCUGGCUUCACUGGACCAAAAGACGAAGACGACAGAAACUCGACUCAUAGGUGUCGGAAUGUACCCGCCGCCGGUUCCACAAAGGCACAAAUCGUGCCACAAUUUGCGAAAUUCGGUCCUGGCGACGAAGCCAAAGGAAGCGAUCACUUCUAGACCCAUCCCUAAGCUGUUAGACAGGCGAAGACAACGAAGAACUAGUCAGCUGCGUACCCCGACCAACAUGACGCCUCAGCGUGCCUCCGGGGACGUCGGGCUCAGUUGCCCCUUGGAGGGCUCAACGAAUGUCCUAAUGCCAGAUCGUGACGAGGAGAGCGCAUUGGAAGCUCUGGAGGCCGUGGUGAACCUAGAUUACCUUAAACUCAAGCCUGGUCUAUUCGCAAACGGUGGCCGCAGCAGCGGUCCCACACCGAUAAUCCGUGCCUAUAGUGGCGAGACGGAGGAUGAUUGGUUGAAACAGCAGGCUCGCCAUUUGAACGGAAACGUCAGUCCCAUCAAUUUCAGUGUGGUCGAAAUCGAUGACGACGACGAUAAUACCGAGAAGUUAGGACCGGAAACACUGCCACUAGAUGUGGUGGAUGCGGAACUGAUCGAUCCCAUCCAUACGCUAAGUGUCGCAACCUCGGGCCAGGGAAGUGGGAGCUACUCUGAGUUCACAAAUUCAGAAGACAUGAGCUGUCUUUCCGAGCUUGAUGUCUAA